AUGACGACCUGUACAUCUGAGCAGGUUCAUUCCUGGCCUACUUCACCCAUCUAUCCUAGUGAUCCCAUCACUGUCAACUCUACUACGAUUGUGGUGCCAUCAUCGACGAGCACCUCAAACGUAUCGAUCACCUCGACAGCAUGUUUCAAUAGUACUGUCACCACUACCAUCAUAGUAUCAAUAGUCUCAACGGACUGGUCUACCACUACAUGUACAACGACUACUACGACCACGGACACGACCACAGACACUGUCACGGACAUCAUCAUGGACACGAUCACGGAUACUGUCACGGAUACUACUACGGAAACUACUACGGAUACAAUCACAGACACUACUACGGAAACAACUACGGAUACUACUACUGUCACGACGACUGAUACAGUCACUACACCGACAACCAUCACAGUAGCGCCGAAUCCCUGUCCGACCACUUGCAGCAUGUACGUUUUGGUGACAUGA